UCAUGAUUGACGGCUGAGUUAACCGUCUGCGGAUUCCGGAAGUUUUUCAGAGAGCAUAAGAAAAGUCUCAGUGAGUUUUUCCUCUCAACGAAAUCAUGUCGAGAAGUCAAAAGGCCGAUCAGGACCUCACCAAGGUACUCAACCAGCUCUGGCACCUGGAUAAAAACCGCCUGAGACCUGGGACUGAUUACAGGAUUUCCCUCCAGGGGAAGGCGGGUUAUGUGGCUCAGGGCAGUAACGUUGCCAGAGACCAGGCCAAAGCUCCACUCUUCACAUAUGUCAAUGAAGACAAACUGAAGAGUAUUAAGACCUAUGAAUAUUUCAUCAGCUUGCUGGACAACUAUGAGAUGUCCACAGGUGUGUCAGAGACGGUCACCUCAGAAGAGCUCAAAGAGAACAAUCUCUUUAUCAAUGCCAUCGUGGAGACAGACGUCAUGAAGUGUGCUCACCAGUAUCUGGUCAAGAAGGGGAAAUCACCAUCAGACCUUGGGCAGUUCAAGAGACAGCUGUAUGACAUCUGGUUCCGCCUGUACCACAGGGACAGGAGCGGAGGUGAGGAUUCCUGUGGAUUUGAACAUGUGUUUGUGGGAGAAGCCAAACACGGACAGGAGAUCAUGGGUCUUCACAACUGGGUGCAGUUCUACCUUCAGGAAAAGCACGGCCAUGUGGACUAUAAAGGCUACAAAGCAAGAGAUAACAAAGACACGCCUGAUGAGGACGACCACGUCCUGAACCUGCAGUUCAGUUUGAACGGGUUGGUGAAGCCAGUCGGUGGCUCCUUCAUUGGUGUCAGUCCAGAGUUUGAGGUCGCUCUCUUCACCAUCAUCUUCCUCAUGUCGACUGAGAAGAUGACGUCUGUGGUGGUGAAAGUGGACGAGUACGUGCUGGAGCUGGUCGUCUGUCGGCACGGGCGAUCCAUCGGCACGUCCUAUCCCAAACUGCUCAGCAGCAACAACAGGGAUCUGUAACUUUACACCAGCCGAGAGUUUGCAAAUGUUUUUGUUUAAAUCGAAACCUUAUUUCAGUGCAGUAUAACCCAGUAUAACCCUUACAUAAACCUGGAUCAAGUUCUCUUUGCACUAAACAUGAGAAGUAUAUACCGGUUAUUGAACACAUUUUUGUCAUAUGAACUGUUACAGACAAAAUAAAAAGUGUUUUGUUAACAAAA